AUGUACCGAAAACUACCGACAGUUCAAACUUGGUUCAGACUACCUUCAAACUCUGAAGUUCAUUCUGCGAUGUUGAACACAAGCACUUUAAGGGGUGCUUCUAUGACUCCCACAGAGAUACGGACAACACGUCUGCUUCUUCGAGCAGCUCAGAUCGGCGACCUUGAUGCCUACUUCAAGUGGUUUUCAGAUCCAGAUGUAAUGAAAUACGAAAUUCUCUCCCCUCACACCAAUAUCAAGCAAACAAAGUACUUUCUCGAUGAAGUUAUUGAAAGCCCGUAUAACGGUGUCUUGUACUUCUCUGUGUGCAUUCCAGAUCCCGCGGUCUCAAACAAUCGUCGCGGUAGAUCAAAAGAUCGGCCACCCAUGAUCGUGAUUGGGAGAAUUGCUAUACGAGGUGAAGAGGAAAUCGAGUUUAUGCUUGAUCGCCAAUAUUGGGGGAAAGGAUUUGCGUUCGAGAUGGCGGACGCUCUCCUCAAGCAUUUCUGGGCGACACUACCUCAUGACGUAGUAAAGGCCGACGUGGACCCUCGCAAUGAGAGAAGUCUGCGCCUGCUCGCACGUUUGGGGUUUGAAGUAGUCGGAAAGGCUGAAAAGACGUUCGAGACCCAUAUAGGAUGGUGUGAUAGCGUCUACUUGGAGGCCAGACGACCGGUUGGGUGA